UCAAAAUUGUAUCUGAUAAAUUACUGUUCUUUGGUUUCGGCUAUUGAGAUCAAAGUCUGUUCGAACCAAGCCCCAAGCCUGAGGCUGUUAAUUGAGUCUCCGCGCGAGACAGAACGAGGUUUGCUCCAGACGAGUGGAAGAGACAGAUAAGGGUGAGGGCGUCCCCACGGCAGGAAGUGUAAGUGGGACAAAGCGAACGUCGGGGGGAGGCAUUUCUUUUUUCUUUCAUUUUUCUUCGGCGAAAGGAAAAUAAAUCCAGAUGAAUCGAGGAAUUUCCUCCUCGGAUUGAGCUGAUUCAUGACUCUGACCUCCUGCGUGUUCUCCUCUGGAAGCAUGGCUCUUACGCCUCUCUCUCUCUCUCUCUCUCUCCCCUCCUUUCUCUAUUGAUCUCUUCAACGUCCUUGGUGGUACCCAAUAUUCAUUGAUGCGAUAUAAUUUCCUCACUCCUUGAUUCCAUCCUGGAUGAUGGACGUGGAUUCUCGUCAAUAUGAGCAAGUGGCUAUCAAUGAUAAGGAUGUCCACAACAUUAUAUUAUCUUAUCUUCUCCACAACUGCUUCAGGGAGACUGCAGAGUCAUUCAUUUCAUGCGCUGGAAUGAAUCAACCUGCAGAUUAUCCUAUGGAAAUGGACAAACGGAAACCAAUAUUUCAUUCUGCAAUGGAGGGGAAUGCUCUCAAAGCUAUAGAGUUGACACAAGAGUUGGCACAUGACUUACUGGAGAAAAAUGAAGACUUGCAUUUUGAUCUUCUAAGUCUUCAUUUUGUUGAACUUGUCUGCUCUAAGAAGUGCACAGAAGCUUUGGAGUUUGCUCAAACCAAGCUGACACCAUUUGGGAAGGUGCAAAAAUUUGUGGAGAAGCUAGAAGAUUUUAUGGCACUUUUAGCCUAUGAGGAGCCAGAAAAGUCCCCCAUGUUUCAUCUUUUAAGCAGGGAGUAUCGUCAAAAUGUUGCUGACAGCCUAAACCAGGCAAUUCUUGCAUAUUCUAACUUGCCUAGCUAUCCAUCACUAGAAAGGCUUAUUCAGCAGACAGCAGUUGUCAGGCAGUGUCUUAGUCAAGAACUUGGGAAGACAAGGGCAUGUGCAAGAAUGCUGUUUGUUGGCCUAGUCCCUAGAAGUAGGCUAGGUGCUGGUGCUUGGAGGUCACCUAGUAGGGUGGGCCUGGAUCAGUGAAGGGUGUGUCAAAUCUUGUUUUUAUCAGAAAAUAUUCAUGUUGUUGGAUUACCAGGAUGGACCUCCACCAUUUUCAUUGAAGGCUUUCCUAAAGAGCUGAACAUGGUGUGACAUCUGAAGGUUGAUAAUAUCCUUACGGGAUGGUUGAAGCCUACGUAAGCAGUUAAUUGGUGUCAUGUGCUUUCUUGCUGAAUCCACCAAGGGUUAUCAUGUUGGUGAAGGCUCAGAAUAGGCAACAUUUCAUGUUAUUGAUUCUUCAUAUUGCCUAGAAGAGCAGCAUGCCCAUUCUCCGUCAGUAUUGUAUUUAUAAUGCUUCCUUGUGUCAUAGCAAUCGUGUAAUCCAAGUUGUUUUUGAACACUUGUUUACUGCCCUUACUGUUGCUAGUUCUGCAUUGUGCAUACACGUCCAACCCUGUGUAGAAAAUGCUUCUGUUCAGUGCCUCAUUCAUGAUAAGCCAGAAGCAUGGCGUUGAUAUUC